AUGUGGUCUCAAGUCAAAGAUAAACGAGAAAUUCUUGCUCAAAAAAAUACUAAAAUGAGGUUUAUUCCGAGAUCUAAGUGGGCCUUGCCAAUGAAGACCUCGAACUACUGGAGGAAAAUUCUUGAAGAUAUUGAAUCCAAGACUCUGAAAGUAAGAGAACCCUCAUUAACUCCAUUUUCUUUAGUUAUUCCAGCUUCUUUUUCUAAACGUAAGAUUAAAAACGUGGAUGAUAGCCAUCAUGAUUUAAAAAUAAAACCUACAAUAAGUGAGCCAUUAGUCAGAAUUUCACCUCCUUCACCGACUCAUAAUUGCAGUAAAUAUCUUAAUGCUCAAAUCGAAGUCUCCAAUGCUCUCAACGUUGAAGGAAUGAAUAAUUUAGUGUCUUGUGAUAGCAGAAAAUCACAGAAUAAUAUCAAAUCUGAGAUGCAAAUAGAAUCAGAAAACGAAAUUAUAAAUAAACAGUCCUCGGAAGAUAUACAUUUUAAUCAUCCUUAUCCAUCACUGUUUAAAAUAUCACAAUUAUCGAAAAUUUCCAAAUGCAUUAACAAUUUUUUAGCACACACCAGAGAUACAGUCAAGUCUGGAGCUGAAUGUGAAAUUUUCAAGAAUACAGUUUCACCAGAACAAACUUUGGAUAGUGAUAUGGAAAAAAUGAAAAAGUUUUUUGCACCUAAAAAUACAUUCAAUAAAACAGAUAUUCAAUGUGAGCCACAGGAGUCUUCGAAAGUAAUCAACGUUGAUCGAGAAAAAGAAAUUAAAGAAUGUAGUACAGUUCGAUUAGAACAGAAAAAAGUAUCUUUUUUAAACGUUGAAAAUGAUAAAAUCGAUUCGAUUUCAGAAACUGAAUAUCGACCAGUACCAAGAAGACGAGCUCCAAGUAUUGCAAUAGCUAGUGCACUACCUAGUUUUGGAAAAAAUGUAUCAUCCCUCGAGUACUCUGAUUCUUUAGAUAACUCCUUGUUUAAUGAAGAUUUCUCUACAGAAGCAGAUACUCCUGAGACAGUAGAAAAUACCGAUCAAGUUAUGAAAGCUGAAGCUUCUAGAGAACCCGAUAAAUCUUCAACAAAAAAUAACAAUCUUCAGGUUCUACAUUAUCAGAAAGUUGAUCAUUACUCUCCUCGUUAUUCAAGAAAUCAGCAAAAAAUGAGAUCUAAAUAUCUUUUUGCUAAAUCGUCCAAACCAAAAGAAUUCCAAUCCAUCGAAAAAUUCCAGUAUUGGCCAAAAAAAUCACUCGUUAAUAUUCUUAAAGCUCUGAAGGUCAUGAAAAGUAGUACUCGUAAAACAAUAAACGGAAGAAGGAAUGAGCAUUUAUUCCUUACUACCUCACCACUCCAACGUACUUCAGCAGUUGAAGGAUCUUUCAAUUCAACGAUUACCCACAAAUUCACUGAUCAUUCUUCAAGUAUUCGAUCUGAGGAGUGUUAUGAAAAAGAGUCAACUUCAACGUCGCCAUCAUCUUUAUGUUCAUAUUCAAGUGUUCGAAGGAGACCAAUUGAAAAACCGUCAGUUUCUAUUGAAAAAAAAAUUCUUUCUUCUCCAGGAUUUGCAGAUAAUUUAAAAAUUGAAUCAGACACUUUGUCAAGACGAAUCAGUAGUGAACUAGAUAUUUCUGUAGUAAGCACUAGUAAUCAAGCAGAUACUUCAUCAAUAUUUAAAAAAGAUAAAUCAAUUCUGAAAAAGAUUCCACAAGUCGACAGAAUGUACCAGCGAAAAAAAAGUGACAAGUGUUUGGCAUGUUUGCACACAUCAAUGAUGCCAGAUUCAACAAAUUUUCUAAGGUUCGACAAUGUGAAGUUUUCAAUAUCAUCCAUGUCGGAAGGUAAAUUGAUUCUUGAUGAACCAGAUAAUAUAUCCUAUAGUAGAACUGAUUAUAACAGUCGUCAUGAAUUAUUUAGAAGAGAAACUACGUUGGAUCUUGAACAAUCUGAUAUUGAAUUUGAAUUACUUGAAGAUAAUCUGAUUACAGAAAAGGUAAGAUCUUCUACAGAAUUGAAUAAUGCUUCUAAUAAUUUAGCUGAUCAAUUUCGCAGUAACGUGUCUUCAUCUUUGCAUGCUGUUGAUCGUAAAUCAGAUGCAGGGUAUGAGAGAAAAAGUAUCAUAUCAAGUAAAUCACUAAUAUCAAAUUUAUCGGUGGUAUCUGAUCGUUCAAAGACUGCAUCAGAUCAAGAUGAUUCUGAUCAAGCUAUUGAUGAAGGAGGAGAAAUGGAACAAAAUAUAGUAGAGUCAAGAUCAAAAUUUUUGGCACCUUGCCAUGCACCUUUGAAUCUUAGACCGAGUCUCGAGCCACUAAAAGCACUCCGGAAUAAACAAGCUCGCUCAAUACAAUCCAGAAUGGCUUCACUCGAAAAGUCAACAGAAGCUGAAAGCGAUGAAAAAAGCGAAGAUGAUGAAGUACCAAUCGUAGUUACCAAAGGCAAAGACAACAAUGAAAAAAAAUAUAUUUCUACUAGAAUUGAAAGCGAUAGAUUGACUACUUUCACUUCAGAAUCGACAAAAGAAUCAAGGCAAAAUUUAAAUUGCAUAAUAAUUGAAGAAAGUCUAUUAAAUUUAGAUGAUUUCAACGAUUUAUUGGCACAAAUAAAACACCAAAGUGACUUACGUGAACAAUGUAAAGCUAAUGAGCUUUUAAUUGCAGAUAAAAUAUUUUCAGAAUUAAACAUGACUAAAAAAAGAAUGGAAUAUAAUUGGAACAAUUCCUUUGUACCAAUUUUUCCAAUACUAUUUGAUUACGAAAUCGUCGAGAUAUCACAGAAAUUAUUAAAAGAGGGUAAAAGUAUUGUCGAGAUUUUACAUGAGCUUGUAAAAAUAUAUUCUGAUCGUUUGUCUGAAAGAGCUUUACAUCAACGUAAAAAAAUGGAUCCAGAUGUCUCUAAGAAUAUUGAAAUGAUAAAACGUUUAUUGAUGCUACUAGUAGAUUCAAAAACUUACUUAAAUCAUCAACAAAAUUCCUCUAAUCCUAGCCUACCUCCUUCCCAGAAACCAUCCAUCAAUUCCCGACAAUUGAGACGGGUCUUUCCAGUGAAAUCCUACAAUCUCAUAGCACCAAUUUUAGGAUUACCGGAAUGGCAUCCCAAACGCUGGACAUCGGUUAGAGAUGCAAAUAAAUUGAGAGUUGGAUCUAAAAAGGUUAUCACCACAGAUGAUCGAUUUUCUCUAAAAUUAACAGGACAAGAUUCUGAUACAAGUAUUGAUUUAAUAGCUCAUCCUCCAACUCAAGAGAAAACAGCAUCAACAGAAGAUGAAGGAGAAUCUUGGACAAAGAAGCGAUUGAACCCCUAUGGUUUUUUUAUUACUAAACCUCGAAGAAAAGUGGUAAUUUGGCGUCCACUGGUAGCACAAGAUUUCGAAGGAUAUGAUCCUGAAACAACUCUCAAAAGACGAGCUGCGAGAAUUACCAACGAAAUCUGUACAGAUUUCUGUCAAUGGUUGAGAAGUCUUGGUGGAUUUGAUACAACGAUUGAUGAAGAAGUGUUGAAGGAAAUGUUUGAAACUGACUUCUCUGCUGAUGCUUGUAGAGCAAUGCAGAUUUCUCUCAAAGAGCUACCCAUGGUACCAUCAUCAAUAGCAAAAGCUCUGAAUUGUCCAGAUGCUGGAGAGUUUCAGAGGGUGAGAAAACAGUUGAUGUUGGAUGUUAAAGCAGAAAAUCAACAACCACGACUCACUGCUUUUGGUUCUGCUCUGCCAAAUGAUUUGAAAUACAUUCCUCCCAAAAAUGAGGUCAAUUUAAAUUGGCUCCAUUGUGAAAAUAUACCAGAAGACUUAGAGACAAUGGAUGCUGUGUGGAAAAAUAUUACAGAUUUAGAUAGUGUUAAAGGAUUCAUUAACUGGAUUCAAAUUCAUCAUCCUAAAACUAAGCUUCCUGCAGCUUUAAAACAUUCUUCAGUAGCUAAAAAAAGCAACCUAAAUCCAAAUAAAAGAAUAAUCAGAUACAGAAAAUGCUUAGCUAAAGACAAUUGAUAUAUUUUUGAUAAUAAGAAACAUUUCUAUGAUUAAUAGAAAGUCAUUUUAUGUAUCAAAAAAAUUUAUCUCAUUUUAAGUGAUUGAUGUUUUUUCUUGGUGGAAUUAAAGAAAGAAGGAUGGAAAAAAAUAGUACAAUAGCUUUAAAUCCAGAGCAUUUCUUAAUUUUCCAAAUGAGGAUGGCCAGAGUUCACGCGUCAACUAUGCUGUAACUUGUAUCUGGCAGUGACAGAGGACACGAUUUCUGUCAGAGCCAAGACCAAGAAUAGGACAAAGAAAGCGUCUCAUUUAAGGUUUUCCAUUUCAUCUUGACACAAUAUUUUCAAGAGUAUUGAGUUUUUACUAAUCAUCACAAUUUUAUUCUAUUCAUCAUCACACUUUCUCAUCAUGAUUAUUACUACAUAUUCAAAUAAUAACAAUUGACGAAAAAUGAAUACCAAGGAUGAAAAGAAUUAAUAGCUAUGAAAAUAGAUGCUAACAAUAAUAAUAUCGACAGCAAGUGAUGAGAAUAGUUACAGUUAUUAGACUUGAUGAUGAGAUCAAGUCGUGCAUAUUA